AUGCAGCCUGGGGUUGUGGUCCGGCGUCAGGCUCGGGCAGGAAUACGACGAAGUGUUCAAGUCCGAUGCAGGGCCUGCCAUACGGGGCAGGGUCUCAGACUUGCAUCGGAGUUUGGGGAUCCCGCGUCGCUGAAAUCCAUCAACGCCGGCCGGCUUCUCGUCCACAUACACUGUAGUGGCGAACGGCGCCCCAACUCCGACUACGAAGCCGGAUCGAAGGUGGUACAGAACGCGGAAUCUGAGACUAACCCGGCAAUAAAAGCUAUCAAGGGCAUGGUAUCUUGGAGCAGCCUUCUGUUCCUCAACAUCACCUCGAUCUGCUCCCCAUCAACGAUCGCUAUCUCCAAAAUGGGCUCAAUCCCCGCUCAAGACGAAGGUGCUCCUCCAUCCAUCCAGGACGCCGGCCAACUUUACCUGGUCGGUACCGGUGUCAGCCAUGCCAUGGCUCCCGUGAUCCACAAUUCUGUCGCUCAGCAGAUCGGCUCGAAAUGGCAUUUCAGCAAUCUCGAUGUGCAGACCAAGGAAGAGGCGUUGAAGUACAUCCGUAGAGCCGACUUCAAGGGCUGCGUGCCUACGAUGCCAUUGAAGAUCCAACUCCUGGACGCGGUGGAUGAGGUCGACCGAGCAGCUCAGGCGAUCGGUGCCAUCAACAACAUCUACCAGAGAGACGGCCAGCUACUGGGUGCCAACACCGAUUGGAUCGGUAUCUUGCGACCAUUGCAGAAGGAAAUGGCUCGUCAAGGUGUGCAAAUUUCAGCGCAGGGUGCAAGUGGGUGGCAAGGCUUGAUCGUUGGAGCAGGAGGCGCAAGCCGCGCGGCUGCUUACGCCUUGACCAAGCUGGGGUGCCAGACCAUCUUCAUCAUCAACCGCGAUGACGACGAGGUCAAAGCCCUGGUUCGCGACGUGCAGAAAGGAUUCACUUCCGUGUCGAUGCAGGUUCCUACCAUCGAGCACCUUCGCACCGUCGAGGAGGCUCAGCGGGUUGUCUCGCAAGCAACUGGAACGACGCAGCCGCCAUCGCUGCUGGCUGUAAGCUGUGUCCCCGACCUAGAGCCCAAGUCUGAGGCGGAGAAACGUGCAAGCGCAGUCCUGGAAACGGUAUUGACCGGGACCAAGGGGAUCUUAUUGGAAAUGGCUUACAAGCCUCGAAUCACCCGCACCUUCCUCUCGGCACAGACGCACGGGUGGCGCGUGAUCGAAGGCAUCCACGUCAUCGCCGAACAGGUUCAGACGGUCUGGCGUCUGUUUAGCGGCAUUGAACUGACCGACGGCCAGGCACGGACAGCACAGCAAGAGUUGUGGAAGCAGGCCGCAACUCGAGACGAGCUCAACGCGAACGGUAUCCCCGAACCUCUGUCAGUGUAA